CUACCAAGACAGAUUUGCGUCUUUUGCUGGAAUGUCUGAAAUACCAGAUGAAAUGGCCUGGCUCACAGAAACAAGCUCUUCUCACUAUCAUCUCAAUCUGCAAGCAAAAUGAUCAGUAUGUUGAGUUCCUCAGAGAGAUCGGAGGCAUUUCUUUCAUCUAUAACCUAUCAAAAUCCAGUACUUUCUCUCAAGUUAAAGAGACUGCACUAUUUACACUUGCAUCUUUGGCUGAACUGCAUGAGAGCUGUAAACAGGCACUGUGUAGAGAAGAGAUGUUUCAAGACUUUGUGCAGCAUCUGGAACAGGAAAUGCCUCUGACGGAGAAAAGAGUCGCAGUGUACAUGCUGUCUGUAUUGGUUGCCAACAACAGAUGUGGACAGACUCUUGCUAAGACCUCCAGGUGUAUUGAAGCCUUACUCCGAUUGUUCAGGCAGAAUUUUCCAGUUCCUGGUGAGUCUUAUGAGCAGCUGCAGUUGUGGACCACUGUGUCUAGUGCGCUCUGUGGCUCUGUCAACAACCCUCAAAAUGAGGAGAAUCAGAACGUGUGUAUGAGUGUUUUUCCUGAGAUAAAGCCCUGGCUGCAAGAAGUGGCAUUACCCAGGGCAGAGCUGGCACAACCCUUAUGCUCAUUUAUUGGCAUGACUGUGGCAAACAAUCCCUGUGCUCAGGAAUAUUUUGUGUCAGUGGGAGGCCUGGAUUCACUCUCAGACACUCUUACCCGAGUUUUAUCUCAGUCUACACACAGUGCUUCUGUUUGUAAGAUGGCUACGAUAAUCACUAAAACACUUUCUGCCUGCAUCUCUAAUAACGAGCUGUUGGGAUCUUCUUUAUCAAAGCUGAGGGUUAUCCCAGGACUGCUGCGUCUGUUAUCCAGCCCAAACCUUGAUCCACAAGAUCAGCUCGCUGUGGUGUUAACGACUGGACACCUCACAGAUGCCUGUGUAGAACAGCAGUCGCAGUUGUUGUCAGCAGGGGGUUUACCUAUUAUAAUUACACUGCUCACUGAAACCAGUGAUGAAGAGCUCAAAAAAGCAGCCAUAUUCGUACUUCACACCUGCAACAGAAUCACUGAAUCAUUAGGCCCAGGUAUGUCCCCUAUAGAUCCAAAUGAAUGUGACAGAGAGGGACAAUGGCGAUCAGCUGGACAGAUUCUUCAGAGAAUACAGCUGCUCGAAAAAAAGAUUGGCAAGAAACUAUGGGAAAGAGACCCCGAAAGCCAACCGCACAGCAUGAAGAGGUCAGACUCACAUGUGGAAUGCGAUGAUGAAUUGUGGGAGGGUUCUGUAAUGCGAAAGGUCAAAGGUAAUCAUCGAGUAUAUGGGGAGUUCCGCGCAAUUCCUGCAGGAACUCCAAUCACAAGUGAAAUACUGCAAGACCAGGAUAGUUUGCAGCCUGACAGCUCUGAAGAGGGUUUGAGUCCUGUCCAAGUCAACCUUUUCAAAGGCCCUAACUGGGAAAAGAGCAAAAAGAGAGAGCAUAAACAAAAGAGAGAGAAUGAGAGGAGUGACAACCAGGAAACAAGGAGAGAAGGAGUGAACAAGAGAGAACUGAAGAGGAAUGUGAAGUCUGAAAGAGUGGUGAAGAGAUUAAAGAUGAUGAAUCUAGAGUCUGAUGAUGAUGGUUAUGAACUUCUCCAAAACUGCAGCACACCAACAGAGGGCAACAGAGAUACACAGGGCCCAGAUAUUUUCAGACAUCCUGAUCCCGUGAAGAGAAACCAGCGCGAACCCUCUCUCUCAGAUGAUAAUAUGUCUCUAUGCACAGAGCUGUUAGACAAAGAAAUCAACAAGUAUCUAAAGCCACCAUCUGCUUCGAAGUCCAACACUCUACGCUGUGCAGGUUGUGUGAAACAUAUGAAUGAGCUGAACAGUCGGUCAUUUGGCGCUGUGUUGAGUAGCUGCAGAUUUCAGUGUGACUUUCACUUGGCGCUGAGAGAGGCAGAGGAUCGAUUCAGGAGAAGCCAGCCAUUAAAGAGGACUAGCCACACUCCAACACACACUCACAUCAACACACACCGCAAAAACAGAGAGCACAGCACAAGCGCUCAAGAGCAUAAACAGAAGAGCAAGAGGGAAAAACACAAGCUGAGUCACCAAUCAUCAGACAGAUGUUACAGGCUCACACCCCUGAAAAGACCGCGUGAAACAUACAGCCCCGACAUGAAACAGUGGACGGAACACAGACAUCUCAAGAAAAGCUCAGAAGACACUCGCUCCAAAAAUUCUUCUGGCAGACACAGAAAGAGGCAGAACUGGUCUGAUAAAGAGCUGUGCUAUCUCACCAAGGGUGUGAAGAGGUUUGGUCACUCCUGGAACACCAUCCUCUGGAAGUAUCCCUUCCACCCCGGGCGCACCAAUGUAGACCUGGCCAAGAAGUUCUACCACAUGCAGAAAGCCAAAGCCCAGGGUGUGGAUCUGUCUGUUGCAAAGGCCUUAUAAACAUCACCGACUCAAGAAAGGACGUUAUGUUAUUGGAUAUUUUUGUUUUCAGACUGUAUAGUUUUGUGUAUAACAAGGUUAUUUGUUAGAAAAAAAAAAAAAGAGUAAUGUAAAAAAAGGAGAAAAAAUAUUUAGUUUCUUCUUAAAUUUGGUAUUUUUCCGUUGUUUAUUGGAAAUGGAAUGCAGAACUGGUCACACAUAUCUAUUUGUUUUCAGUCAAAUCUACUUAAUUUGCAUGGGAGUCUAUACUGUAUGUAUAUUUGUAUAAAGCUGAGCAGUGAUGCGUUCCCAUUGCUCCUGUCAUCUAAAUUCAUUCCUCUUAUGGCUGAAGUACACAAAGCUCUGUUACACAAAGAUAAUGAGGCAUGGCAUUUCCUUUAGAUUCCUACAAACGGAAGCAGCUUAAUAUUUCAUCAAACUUCGCUACACAUUCAGUACAAUAAACACAGUGAAAAGAUGUUUGUUUACAUAAACCCAAAGUUUCUUAGGAUAAGAGCCAGAAAGUUAACCUCAAAAAAAAUACUAAUGUCCCACGGGACCCCUUUUCUCUGGAAAGAAUGUUGCCCCCCUCUCCCCAGAAACCUCUCUGAGAAAACUCUUGAGAUGGGGCAUGUUAUCUUCCCAGAAACUUCCCAGGAAGCUCCUGCGUAUUGGGUUAGUUCAUACACUUUUAUGUUGUGUUUUGUCUGCACUCCAAAUGAUUUCAAACACCAUUGCAGUAGUGUGUCAACUUAUUUUCAAUAUCCUUGAUGUUUUGUUCAAAAGUUAUAAAGAGAUUCUGUAGGAAUGCAUACCGUUUUUUGAUUUUUUGGAGGGUGGUUGUAUAAAAUACAGAUCAAGGAAGAAUGUCAAUUGUGAGUUGUUGAAGUCUUUAUUUUCAUUUACUACAAUCAUUGUUUUAAUGUACAUUCUUUUCCAUUUCUCCUAUGGGAGACUGGCUGGACCGCUCAUACACAAUCAGCUUGGAAGAAUACAGACCAUCAAGAAGAAGAAAAAGAUAUCAGACGGCUGGUUUACUGCUUGACAUCAAAUUGGUAGGAAUAACAUUAGGAAUGCUCAUUAGAUCUGACAUAGCUGGUUUGUAUACCUAAUAGGGUUUACAUGCAACUUAAAGGGUUUUUAUGGCAGGCUUGUGUAAAAUUCACAAGGGAUAGUUCACCAAAAAAUGAAUUCUGCUAUCAUCCCUGCAAACAUUUUUGGUCUUUAAAUGAUGUCUAAUAGACGUCUAAACAUAGUCAUCUUGGCUAAAACAAUGCUAAAUUUGGGCUGUCAGUGAAAAUCUAAUAGACGUCUAGGAGUCAUCAAAUAAACAGAAAUGAAUGACUACUCAUAUAAAGUCUGUCUAAUCUGUUUAUUUGAUGUCUAGUUUUGGGCUAUUCUUAGAUGUCUAUUAGAUUUUCACUGACAGCCUAAGUUUAACCUUGUUUUAGCCGAGCUGUCUACGUUUAGAUGUCUAUUAGACACAAAUUUGUUUGCUGGGAUAUUACCAACUUGAGUUCAUUUUCGGUGUUGAACACAAAAGAAGAUAUUUGAAGAAUGCUGGGGGACCCAUUGACUUCCAUUAGUAUGUGUAUUUUCCUACUAUCGUAGUCAAUUGGUGCCAACAACAACAGCAAUCUUCAAAAUGUCAUCUUUUGUGUUCAACAGAAGAAAAAAACUCGUAAUGAUGGAGAAUAAAUGAGGUAAUUUAGAAUUUUAGGUGAACAUUCUCUUUAAAGAACAAGGCUAACUUUCAAAGUUUUUCUUAACUUUUGAUUUUAUUUAUACAACUAUUGGUUAAUUUAUUAAUUUCAUUAUGCAUUUAAAAAAAUGUAUUCUUCAUCCAGUUUGCUACCCAAGUUAAAUUCUGAAUC